AUGGCUACACGAUCGCUCUAUGAAAUACUGGAGGUGGAGAGGUAUGCAACGAUGGAUCAAAUCAAGUGCGCCUUCAAGCGCCUUGCGCUACAGGUCCACCCAGACAAAGGUGGAAGCAAGGACAGCUUCCAUCAGGCAUACCAGGCUUUCGAAAUCCUGGCAGACCCUGCAGCUCGUGCAAAGUACGAUAUGAAGCAGACCGGUGGCCCAACGUGCAAAAGCGCAGAGGUCUCUACCAAGAGGCCUGGCAGGUCUACAAGCUCUGGCAAGUGCAAGAAGCAGGAGACCGGCCAGGCAACCUGUCAGCCGCAUGCAGACGAAAGGAAGGAGUCUGGAUCGCGGCGGCCUCCACAAACAGCGUCAAGGCGUACAGGCAAUGCAGCAAGUUCUUUGCCAAAGGUCUGCGCGCUCUUGAAGAAUUUGACACCAGAACUUCGUUUGCUUGUGAUUCGUGAUGAGUUCACUCAGCAGCAACGCAUGCAGCUCGAGAAGUGGAUGGUCGAUCAGCCGUCGCAGAACGUGCCAAAGGCACUUGUAAGCUCGACACCACCUGCCUCGGAAUCCCAGGCUCCUCCCAGCCGACGCAUGAAGCAGGCGCAGCUGGCCCUUCAGGAUUCGUGCAGCACCGGUUGCGGCUCUUCUGGCGGGCGUGAACUACACCAGGGGCCUGCAGCUCAACCCUCCUCCUCGUUCCAGCAACGACAAACAGUGACCAGCGGUAUAUACACAAAACAAAUUCGAAGCAGAACAGCAUUCUUGUACAGCGCGGGUGUUCGUAUUGACAACGUGAGGACACGUACGAGAAUCACAGACCUGCCAACAGCGCUAGAGCAUCUGGUCAUUUUGACAGCUAUGAAGCAAAGAAUGAGUCAGGUUGGAACCGAAAACGAUUAUGCUUCCCGCCUCCAGCAAGCCGCUGAGUCUUCCGCUGCAGAGCACGGCCGAAGUGUUGACGAGCUGGGGCUACGUUAUCAAGUUUGCCACACACAUGGAUUCUUUCUGGGUAAAAGCAACCUAGUGCCUUGCCCGUGGGUGCGAAGUGCCACCGAUCUGGCAGAACAGCGUGAGCGCUUGUGCCGCCUGCGCUGGGUGGAGAAGAAGAAGCCCUCCCUGGGACGCAACAGCAAGCUUUGGGAGCACGGCCUUGCGCACUUGGAGCAACAGUGGCAGCAGCUUCAGCAGGUAGUCGCGUGGAUGUGGGAGAGCCAAGGGCUGUCGAGUGAGAAUGCCUUGAAGAUUUUGAGAUCCAGGCAUGAGCUCAGUGCGGGAAAUCGGGAGCGACAGUUGCGAUAUUGGGAGUCCCAUCACAUGGCCUUGCAUGACAAGCCAUGCUACCUGGCAGCGCACAUGCGGCGCUUCCACAGACCGAGACCGGUGCGACCUAAGCAAACACAUUCCGAACUGAUGCUGUGUCGCCUGCGUGCCUUGCUGCGGACAUGGCGCAGACAGAUCCAGCAGGAGGAGAAGCGAGCACAGAAGUGCGCUCAGAAAGAAAAGAGAAGGCGUGCAUUGGAACGGCUUGAAAAACAACGUCGGGCGCGGAAAGAGGCUAGAGACAAGCGACGAGAGGUGCGCUCUCGUGCUUUUGUGCCCAGACAGAAGGGCAGGUUCGUGGAUCUUACCAUGGAUGACAUCCUCGGAACCGGGCCAUGCCGCAAAAGAAUCAUAUCCAGCUGCCACGUCCCGGUAGCGGCACUCGGUGCCCUCGAGGCCCCUCGCGUCGAAGCGCUGAAGGUCUUGCGUCGCCGGGCUAUUGAGCAGCAGCGGCGUCUCGUUGUCGUCUUCGCCUCUCAGAAGCUCCUGGAGGCCAUCGCGGCAAUCAUCGGGGCUGAUUGCAGCGGAAAGGUGGCCAGCAAAGCCGAAGUCGUCGCCGUGGCGGCCCUCACCCCGCCGAUGAAGUGCGAGCAGCUGCUUCGCAGGAGUGCAACCGCGCUGGUGCAUGAGACUGCACUGAUCUUCCACGGCAAGGUGGCAACCAUAGAGCAAUCUGCCGAGAUCGUGGCGGCCUGGGAGGUCCGCAACCUGAUGAAGAAAAGCCUUGUCGUGGCCUACCACAAGCUCCUCCUGGAUGCCGUGAGGUCAUUGGUUCAUUUCCGCCUGGAGCCUCAAGUGCUCCCUACGCCCGCAGCGCGUUCGGCAGCGGAGGGCGUCGCCGCCGCGGCCGCGGGUCCAUGCCCUGUCCCAAUCCUGGCGGCGGAAGCAGAAGUCGGUUGCCAAGGGACCGCGGCGGAGACGAAGACCGCUCCAGAAGGCCCAGCAGAGCACGAUAAGUACAGCGCUGUGGCCGAAGAGUGCCGGCCCUCCGUGAUUGUUGGUGCACACCUGCUGGGCAUGCAAGAUCUCCUCCGCGACCUCGAGGCACGUGGCCUCCGCCUGCUCGAGCGCGAGGUCCUUGCCGACACUGCACCAGAUCUGAUUCUGGGCCCUCGCUUUGGAGUGUUCCUGCGGAGCUUGCACGUGAUCUCCAGCCAGCAGCAAGAGCUUUGUGAGCGGCUGCAGCAAUCUUUUACUUCCUUCGACGAGGUGCUCCUGAUCUUAGUGUCCGAGCUUGAUUCGCCGCAGGACUCUUCCUGGAAGGACUUCGCUGCGUCGCUGCAACGGGCUGGCCGCGGGAGGGCCCUGCGAACAAGCCUCGUUCACCCGGAGGGCCUUGUCAAUCUCAUCGUGCAGGAGGCCGUCCGGGCCAUGCAUUCAGGGCGAGGUUUGGCGGCCUCGCUGAAGGAAAGCGAAGAUGACGAGCUGAGCUUCGUGGCGUCCUUGCCCGGUCUCAAUGUGGCGCUCGCUGAGGCUGCAGGGGCAGCCUGGAAGCGUGGCGCCCGGGCGCUUGCUGAAGCCGCUGGUCUGCAGCUGCCGGCGGCUGUGAUGGAGGAGUUGCAGGCGGCCAUCCAAGCAAAGCUCCAGAAAUCCUCAGGUGUGGAUGGUGGCUCCGGCUUCUUGCAGCGGGGCCUUCCUGAUUUCAUUGCGGCCGCAA